AUGUCUUCUGGUCAUUGUCUUUGUGGUGGAGUCAAAGUCGAGGUCUCGGGUGACCCUGUCGCCGUUGUCUUACGCUAUUGUUUGGAUUGCCGUAAAACAUCUGGUAGCACUCAUGGCCUCAAUUGGGUUGUCCCUGGUGAUCUGGUUCAACUUGAGGGACCGUCGAAGACGUUCACAAAGCUGAGCAAGGCUGGCAACCCUGUUACGAAUACAUUCUGCCCUACCUGCGGUACUACAGUGUUUCGUGAUGGCCCUGCUGCUCCUGGUAUCAAAUUUGUCAAGGCGGGCAUCUUUGAUGGUCCCGAGCUCUUGGCUACCAUCAAGCCUCAAGGAGAGAUCUUCGUGUCUCGACGCCCGGUCUGGAUGUCCCCCAUUGAAGGUGCUUCUCAGAAGAAGGAAAUGAUGGAGUGAAAUUCAAGGUGGAAUGCACUCACCCCUUCUGUCUUCGCCCCGCCCAUACAUUUUGCUUUGAAAUGCAGGAUAUAAGUUGAGAUACUGGGAUACCGGGAGGCGCGCCGGGUUUGUGCAGUUGUGUAUAUUGUAGUCAACGGUGUUGGACAAUCACGGCUUAGCGUGGCAAUUAUGGCACGGGCUAUUACCAAAAUGUGGAGAUUGGCACGGGAUGAUGAGUACGGUGGCGUUUCACUAUGAGGCAUAACUAAUCCCGAUCGGUAUCCUAAUGUCCG